UGUGGACGACUCUUGGCAAGAAAACACGGGCAGCGUGCAGCGAGUGCAAAGGUCAAUCUCAAGCCGUGAAACACUUAUUUACCAGAGUGCUGCCAGUAAGCGCAUCGCAGGGAAGGCGCUUGGCUAAAGUUUCACUCGGGUGUACGCAUCGUCUCACCACCACCAGGGAGGGUCAGAGGUCAACGGCGCUGACUUGUUGAGUGUCGGGCAGGCAGCUGGGAUGUAACACACGGAGAGCCACCACGUGUCCGUGCGGCUUCCCGCUAUGCCGCACGAAUCGCAUCGUUGGAAGGUCGCCGCUCGUCACGAAUGAACCACGACACCUCGCUGAUCCCGUCAAGGAGCAACAAGCCACCAUCACGCCACCUCCCUCCGGUCAUCGUCUGGAACGCGCUUCACUUCCGAUGCGCUGUGGCGAUCCGCAGUCUCCCACAGCACGCGGGACGACGCCUCUCGCACGCGGGCUGCUGGACGACACGCGGUGGGGUGGACGACACGCGGCGGGGUGGACGACACGCGGCGGGGUGGACGACACGCGGUGGGGUGGACGACACGCGGUGGGGUGGACGACACGCCAUGUACGCCAUGGACUGCUACCUCGCUCUGCGCACGGCCGCCAGCAGAGCCCUCGCGCACGGAGCGGGCAACGUGUCCCGAAGCUCAGAAGUGAAUUGCUUGAAUGUGGAGGCCGAUGGGAGUGUGCUGUACUCUUUCAAAACGAGGCACUUCCGCCAGCAGGUCUCCGGCAAGAAGGUUCGCUGCAUCGCUCUGUACGACGCCAAGAGCAAGGAGAAUAAGGUUCUGCACGCACUCCAGGGAGGAGGAGAAGGAGGAGAAGGAGGAGCAGGAGAAGGAGGAGGAGAAGAAGGAGGAGGAGAAGGAGGAGGAGGGGACGUCCUGAGCGGCUCCGUGAACGCGCGGCACUCGCUGCUCGCGUUCGUGACGGGCGCCGCCACCUCCACCUCCACGGGCGCCGCGCGCCCCGAGGAUCCCGCGGGGUCCUCUUGGUUCCAACCCCCGGCGGAGCGGCCGGCCUCGACGGAGUCGCCCGGCACGGGAGCGCCCCCCGGGGCCCGCGCCUUCGUGGUGGAGCUGCCCGGAGGGAGGCCGAGCGAGCUGCAAGUGGAGGGCGACUCCAGCUGGUGCCAGUUCCUGUACGGCAGCAGCGGCGAUGAUCGUGAGCAAGAAAGCCACCUCCUGGUGACCUCCGACACUGGAAGGGUCCAACUCUUCCACGUGAGACCCAGCGGCAGCGACGCGGAGAGUCCACAGGGCGCGGCGGGAGUGUUCGUGAUGCGCUGCGGUGCGGGGGGUGCGGCGCGGCCAGGCUCCUGCGACGAGGUGGUGUGUCGCUUCGUCGCCGGCAAGCAGCCCGGCACGGCGGCGGCGGCGGCUUCGGCGAAGGACCCUCCGUACAGCGCCGCCCCCAGUGAGCUUGUGCUCCCCGCGUGUGCCUGGAGCCAGUGGGACCCACGGGGCCAAAGGCUCUUCUACCUGCUCAGCGCAGCGCAGGAGCAGCAGCAGCAGGAAGGUGGAGGAGGAGGAGGAGGCGGUAGUGGCGGUGGUGGGGGUGGCCCCACUCUGCGAUGCCUUCAAUUCUACCCCGACCGCUUGUACCAGCUCAUGUUGGAGCUGAGUUUGCCUUCCUGCGCCUGGAGCCCGGACCGCCGGUUUGUCAACGCGAGCGCGCCCUCAGGCCAGCCGGCGGACUUCCCGUCGCUGCGCGUCGUGUGUGGAGAGUCGGGAGCGCUGUGCAUCUGCUAUCAAGAGGGGCCGGCGAGGCAAGCCGUGCGCUAUUCCAUCCUCAUGGUCCAUCACGGAUACUCGUUUGGGUUCGAGGUUGAUGCCGGCUCCGUGGCUUUCCAGCGGGAACUGCUGCUCUUCACACCCCUCGAUGGGUUUGUGGCCGUGAGCCUGCCGGGGAGAUUCCUGCAUCUCGUCAACGUGGACCACCCCUGGCUGCCCUGCCACAGCCUCUUCCUCGAAGGCCGCGACCUCUCCACGUUCCUGCGCAACUUUGUGACGGCACCCGACCUGCGCACGCUGGGAGACCUCUACACUAGCCGCUCGGCGGGGACGCUGCACCGGCUGGGCGCACGUCACGCCACCACCGCCGCCACCGCCACCACCGCCACCACCACCGCCGCCGCUUCCGCCCCACAGCUGGGGGCCACGCUGCGCCGCUGCCGGCGGAGCGGCCACCGCAUGGCCGCCCUGCACGCCGCCCUGGCGUCCGGGGAGCGCCACGGAGCCAAGGAGCAGGCCCUGCGCUUCCUGUGCAGGAGCUGUCGCGAGCCGUCCACGCACCUCCUGCAGGAGUUUCUCGUCGCAUCUGUGCUGGGGGAGAUGGCGGUGAGGGAAGGAGCCGCGGACGCGAUCCCCUUCCUGCCCUGCACGGCGCUCACCACGUGGACCGAGGAAAUUCCUGGACUCACAGCGACGCAGGAGAAGAUUCCCGACGUCGCGAACGCUCUCAAGCACAAGGCGAGCGGCCCGGGGUUCUGGAGCGGCCUGGAGCGGCGCGUCGCCGUGCCGGACGCGGCCCAGCGGCGCUACCGGCUCGGGAGCGACCGGCGCGCCCUGCGGGACCUCGUGGCGGCCCACGCGGCGUCUCGGGGCAGCGGGCAGCGGGUCGGCGAGCUCCUCACCCUGGCGAGGAGGGUCCUGUCGCUGUCUGCCUCCUGGAGCAAAGGAGGACGGGGCAGCCUGCCGCUCUUCCAGGAGGAGGAUCCGGAGCAGAUGCUGGCGGCCGGCAUGCUGGUGGAUGACCUGCGGACCCACCUGCAACGCUGCCUGCCCACGCUGGGCAGGAGGGCACUGGAGGACAUCGCCCUGAGCUACGUGCAGAUCCAGCUGCAGCAGGUGACCCAUCUGCUGGAGUCGGUCUGGGCGGCCUACGGAAUCACCUGGGACUCCGUGUGUCUCAGUGCCCGCAAGGCGGGGACAGCGGAGGCCGGGAUGCUGCCGCUCGUCCUGCGGCUGGGGGACGCCGCCGCACAGCUCGGCUUCCCUCUCCCUGGCGGCUUCAAGAGCCUGCAGUGCACUCUGGGUUACCGCAGCAUGCCCCUCCACUCGUUCCUGCUCAUGGUGGACCAGGGGACGCUGCAGCUCACCGACUCCUUCGUGCAGAGACUCUUCCACGACUUGGACGACAGCCCGAAGAAUGAGCAGGCGAAGUAUGCGGUUCUGUCUCGGCUAUCGCAGCCCCAGGCCGACGCGGUCUACCAGCUGUGGGAGAGUCCGGCCGCGUCGUUCAGCCUGGCGCAGCGCUACGCCGCACGGCUGCAUGCGCUCGGCCCCUGGGCGAGGAGGCGGCAGGACCCCGCCGCCGCCGCCGCCCCCCCCGAGAAGGAGUCCUCGCAGAGCGACUUCCUCCCGCUGCGCAGCUUCAUCGACCGCCUGCUGGACAUCGAGCGCCAAGUGGCCGGCCACGAGCAGGAGGUGGCGGGCUGCGUCGACGCUCGCUUCGUGGAGGAGGUGGCACUGAAGCAGUCGCUCGACGCAGCCAAGAGGCGCUCCUCCCCCCGGUGAAACCCGGCAGUGGUGGCGGUGGCGGUGUGGUGGCGGUGGCAGUGUGGUGGUGGCGGUGUGGCGGUGGCGGUGUGG